AUGAAUAACACACUGGAAGACAUACACACCUCUGGCUGCCUCGGAGAGAAAGCAGAGAUUUUUGGGAGUGGGAAGGGUAAUGUGAGUGGCUUUUCCAGCCCAUCCCUCAUCCCUUUGCAUGCUUCUUUACAACCACCAAAUGCCCAGCUCUCCAAGACUGCUGUCUGCAAAGGAAAUAGGUAUGGUUUAUUUCUCCUUUGGAAUGGCUGGUGUGAAUGAGUGUUAUUUAAUGUAUUUAUUUUUUGCCAUUAUAUUUUUCAAUUAACUGUCUAAAACACAAACCUCAUAAAUGUGUUAGGAAUAUAAAUCCCAGCAUUUUAUCCAAGGGCCUCAGCAUAUCUAUCUUAGUUUAUACUGUAAGUCACUACUUGAAGUUAAUCUUUAACAUAUGUGAUUAGUGAGCUCAUACAAUGUGCUCUCCUACAGAGGAAUAGUACAGCCUUUGUGUUCGCAGCAGCAGGGCACAGAGGUCCCAUUUAAAACAAGCUGUAGACUUUGUACCUGUAAACACUUGUGGUGAACACACAACUGUCAACGAGAGGAUAGUUUUACCCAAUUUUGAUAGUACACUGAAAGAACUGGACUCGAAUCAAGCACCUGUUACUUUGCUGCUUGUAAUUAGUAACUUAGUAACUGCUGUGUGUUUACAGAGCAGUAAGGAAAUGUCAAUGUGAGCCACCUUUUACCAUUCAAGGCCUUCACACAUAAACUGUGUUAAAUCUCAAUUUCAUAUCUUCUCAUGCUACUACUGGAGAAUGUGUUGACGCUUUUGUCAGCCCGGUCAUUCCCACACGGACAGGGUUGUUUUUUUCUGCUUGAUUUUGAUGUGAACGGAUUAAACGGACACGCUUGCUGCGCUUUGAGAAGUAAACAACAUAACAGCCAUCAUGGCCGCUCUCUCAUACAGACACUAUCAGAAAUCCAUGUCAGAUUAACAUAAGGAUUAUACACUGUAUUUCAGUUGUGGAUUCACUAUGCAAUGCAUGAAUGGGGCAACACGGGUAUACAGAUUGUAGCCUAUACAGAAUGUAUAGAUGGUGUAUCGCCAAACACUGUCUUGAUUAAUGUCACGUUUACUGGGCUUAAUGCAAACUUGGAGAGAGCUAGGCUCCAAAGUGCUAUUUCUAAGCGGCCUCCUCUGAAGUGAAGGGUGCAUUGUUAUCUAUUGUUUUAUCAAAUAUCUGUUUGUCCCUCUGCUGGGUGUGUCGUCUGACUGGCUGAGGGGGGGGGGGGGGGGGGGGGGGGGGGCGCAACAUAGUCGCAGGCAUGGCCAGUGUCACUGUCUGUCAGCCAUGUCUGUCUGUCUGAGAGUAUCACCUGUUCAGUCAUACUGAUCCCCUCGAAUGUACAGAAGACACAUUGUCCUUAACAAAGACCCUAACAAUAGAGAGGAGGUAUAGAACACAAGCUGGCCAUACUCAAGCUUCAGUUUGGGUAUAGACUGUAAAAUCUGAUAUCUCAGGUAGAGGCUAAGGAGAUCCCAUGACUCUCUCGGUAGGCUCCAGUCAGACAGCCCUCCAGCAAUCUAAUAUACAAUCCCAAUGACAUUAGCAUGGCUGCCUCUGUUUUAUAUACUUCUUCUUUCCCUUUCUCCAGGAAGAGUAAAGAGGGAGAGGAGUCUCUGCUGGCUGCCCCAGUUCCAAACCCUUUCCCAGAACUCAUUCCCUCAACCGUCUCAUCCCUCGUCUCUGAUUGUUUAUUACCCUGGACCAAAAGCGGCCCAACUCAA